AUGUCAUCUGCUAAUAAAGAAGCUGGAAAUAAAAAUGCUGUAGGAUCAAGUCCAUCAGUAAUUCGAAAAAUAUCAAGUGAAGCAAAUGUCAAACUUCGCCGUGAUGAAGAAUUAGAUAAAAGUCUUCUCCAACUCAAGAUGGAGAAAGCCGAUAAAAUCUUUCCUGGUGAGCAAGUUCCCGGUUAUCUUCAAGAAAUCAGCAUGGAUCCAUUAAGACUCAUUUGUUUCACAACAGGUGGUAUUGCUGCCUAUCAUUGA